AUGGAAGCUUCUCCCUUGACCCUGCAGAGUCGACCUGAGUCCUUCAAGCCUAAGAUUGUGCAGCUCUAUGAGAACCUCUUCAAAAAUGCAGACGACUUAGACCCUUCUGAGGGCUUCUGGAGGGAGUUCUUCUUGCUCCCCCCGGAUCGGAACCAACUGCAUGCCAUUCUAGACCAUUUGAGUCCAGAUGAUAUAUUAAGCUUACAGACUCAAACUCAGCUGCUAUUCACCCGUGCCAUUCGCGAGGCAGCUGCAGGGGUUGCCCCUGCGGAUUCUUAUGCAUUGGAUACCUUGACAAUUUUCUUGACCAGUAUCCUGGGCAAGAAGUACACAAACCCUAGCUCAGAUGUCAUCACCGUUCUUGCAGGACUCGACGAAGUGGACCAUGUCAUCUCCGACUUUGUGGCCGUCUUGGAUGGGAUUAUCCGCAGUGGCAAAAGCUUCGAUGUGCGGCCCAAAGCCAUCAGGACAGCCGUCGCAAUGACCAGCGGGGCCUACAAAACCAGCCUGGUAUCCUAUCUCACGCACAGAGAUCUUUUCCCAUCACUGAUGAAGUAUGUAUCCGAAUCUGAUACCCCAAUGCGAGUCUUUGACCCAUUUCUUCUUUUGGGAUUAUUGGCAAAUUACAACAAGUUUGAGUUCCAAAAUCCCUACCAGCUUCGACUUGACGACUUUGUCAACGAGUCAAGCAUUGAAAAGAUUGCCAAAGGCGUCGGCCUCGCCUGUGGCGGUCUGCGUAACGGCUACAUUGCCGUACAGGAUGACAUCCCAGAGGGCUGGAACUUGACCAAUACAUUGAUCUUCUUUGGAUUGCGAGCCUUUGCACCCGGUGCCAGAGAAAAGGCCAAUCCUCCUACCGCGGAAGAAGCGAAGGCAAUUUUCGCUGAACUUCCUGCCCAAGAAGCCGCAAUUCUCAUGGCAACAUACGACUUCACAAACGCCAACAAGCUAUUCGGCUACCAUCUUGUUCAUUCGAAAGCCGAGAAGAACGAGGAAGAAUCGCCAUUCUCGAGCUUCCUCUCAUUGACCUCAUAUCUUUUGCAACAUGCGUACCGAUCCCCACGGGUUGGACAUUACGCCGAACUCACCCUAUUUACUCUGCGCAUAUUAGUCGAGGACCCAACAAUCUGCAAACACAUUUGCAACGAAGAUGGCAAACGAAAAGUCCGCAUAUGCAGACAGAAACAGCCCUACCUCCCUCUAGUCAGCGGAGAUAGAGUCCUAGCAACAAUCAUAUUCGACAUCAUGAUCGAUACAAUCACCCACAACCUCCGUCGACGUCUGGACGUCAAUCUCUAUAGCCACGCAAUCGCAAUAACCCUCCGGCUCCUAACCCACCUCUCAAAAAACAAAAUCAGACUAACAUACCACUGGUCCGAACUCUGGCGCACCCUUCUUUCUCUAAUGCGCUUCCUAACAACCUACGCAAGCGACCUAACAACCAACCCAAAGAUCCAAACCCUAACAUCUUCUCUGGCCGAUCUAAUCGCCUUCUGCGUCUCAGGCGGCGACACCUUCCUCCCAGACCCAUCUUCCUAUGACGACCUCUUCUACAAACUCGUCGAAACAGGUCCCAUCAUCUCCAAGUUCCGCGCUGCGUAUGCUUUCACCAGUUCAAGCACAUCCAGGGCCGAGCCCGGUGUCGAACAGACUGUUGCAGCUAUUGAUACACUCCAAUCUGUCUCGACGCAUUUCUAUACCCUGCUUUUCCAUUCGGAGGGCGGUGAUGCGGCGGCGGCUGCUGCUGCUGCAAGUCCUAAGCCCGAUGAACCGGCUUCUGUGCCUUUGCCUUCUAUUCGGAAGAAGAAUCUCAGUCCGCGCGAGGUUCAUCGGAUUAUCAGGCAGGGGUAUGAUACUUUGAGUAUUCAGCCGCCGGAGGGACUGAGUACUUGGGCUAAAUGGCGUGAGGCCGAGUGGAAGAGUGAGCUUAAGAAAGCGGCUAGGUGUGCUGUUGAUGAUGCUAGGCAGCUUGUUGCUUAG